AUGGACACCAGUGUCGAGCGAAGCAUCACUAUACAUGGCGCAAACAAGCCUGGCCACUAUACGUGGUCGCCCUUUGUCACAAAACUCGAAUUCCGCCUGCGUCUAGCCAAUAGCCCUUACCAACACGGCGUGGGCGGUCCAAUCUCUGGACCCAAAGGCAAAAUCCCCUAUCUCGAGUUAUCAUGCCCGGGAGCUCCUUCCGAGAUACUGGCUGACACCACGCUCAUUACGAAAGAGCUCAUCAGCAGAGGCCUGCUAUCUGAUAUGAAUGCGGCGUUAGCCGCCAGAGAUAUAGCCUAUGAUCUUGGUAUCAGAGGCCUGCUCGAAGAUAGGCUCUUCUUCUAUAAUUCUCGCGAACGCUGGAUCGAUAAUUAUUACACUAUGCGCGACUACGUCCUGGCCAAGGUGCCCUUUCCGCAACGUAUCAUUCUCGGUUACCUAGCCUACCGGGGCAUUGUGAGGAAACUGCAAGAUCAAGGUACCGGUCGUUUCUCGAAUGAUGAGGUUCGCAGUUUCCGCACGGAUAUCUGGCAGGGUAUAAAUGGUCUGCUCGAUGACAGCCGAAGACAAGCUGAUGAUAACGACUGCUUCUGGGCACUUGGAGGCCACAAGCCCACUGAAGCCGACGCCACUUUGUUCGGAUUUACCGUCAGCGCGCUCGUUGCGGAUGCUGGGCCGGAGAGCAGAGAGUUAAUCAAGACAAGAUGCCCCGCGGUGGUUGACUAUGCUACAAGGAUUCAUCGUCGUUACUUCCCCAAGUACCACCUGUGGGAGUAG